AUGAUGUCACAGAUCCCUGUGAAAAAGAAGCGCCAGCCUGCGCCCCCCCUGCCAGCCAACCCGGAGGACCAUGCUUGUUUCUCAGAUGUGGCACUCUGUCUGGUGGAGAAGAGGAUGGGUGCCAGCCGCAAGGCCUUCCUCACUUCUCUGGCCCAGCGCAAGGGUUUCUGCGUGGAGGGUGCCAAUAGCGAGAGAGUGACUCACGUGGUAUCAGAAGGCAACUCUGGAGAUGAGGUGGUUGAGUGGAUGAAGAGGAAUGGGAGCCGCUCUGUGGAUGCUGCAGGAAGUGGCCCGGCCCUGCUAGAUAUCAGCUGGUUCACAGAGAGCAUGAGUGCUGGACAGCCUGUGGAGAUCGAACCCAGGCACUGUCUGCGGGUGGCUGUCCAUGCAGAAACACUUGAGGCCAGAGGCCAGGUGGCUGCUUAUGCCUGCCAGCGCCGAACUCCGCUUGCCCACAAGAACCAGCUGCUUGUGGAAGCUCUGGAAACAGUGGCUGAGGAGGCACUCUUCUGUGGAAGUGAAGCACGCAACCUGGCCUUUUCCAGGGCUGCCUCGGUGCUCAAGUCCUUACCUUGGACUAUCAGAGGUGUUAACGAAAUAAGUUCCCUUCCUUGCAUUGGGGAGCACUCCAGGAAAAUCAUCCAGGAGGUGCUGGAAGAUGGUGCAUCUGCAGAGGUGGAGAAUGUAAGGCAGUCUGAGAGAUACCAGACUAUGAAGCAUUUCAUGAAGAUCUUUGGUGUUGGGGUGAAAACUGCUGGUCAAUGGUAUCAGGAAGGACUAAGGACAAUUAGUGACCUGCAGGCAUAUCACACAAAACUGAACAAUGCACAGCAAGCUGGACUCCUGCAUUACAGAGACCUCAAUAGCCCAGUGAAGCGCUCUGAGGCAGAAGCCAUUGUUCAGGAGGUGCAAAAAGCGGUGGACCAGUUCCUGCCUGGAGCCUCCGUGACUCUGACGGGAGGGUUUAGAAGGGGAAAACCAAGUGGUCAUGAUGUGGACUUGCUCAUCACGCACCCUACGGAAGGCCAAGAGGUGGGGCUGUUGAGCAAAGUUGUCAGCUGGCUGGAUAGUCAGGGCUUCCUGCUGUACCACAGCAACCGCAGAAAUACUUUCCAGGUCCUUGAGGACCCAGAGCUGUCAAUCAGCACAGCAACCAUGGACCGGUUUGACCGUUGUUUCUCUAUUUUCUGCCUCAACUAUCUGCAUGGGAGUGUUAAAAGAGACUCCAGUGCUUGGGAGCCUGCCUGUGGACUGAAGGACUCUGGAGAUGCCCAUGGCUGGAAAGCUGUCAGGGUUGACUUGGUUGUGGCCCCCUACAGUCAGUUUUCGUUUGCUUUACUGGGCUGGACCGGCUCAAGGAAUUUUGAGCGGGAUCUCAGGCGAUUCUCCAAGCAUGAGAAGAAAAUGGUGCUCAACAGUCACACCCUUUAUCACCCAGAGAAGAAGAUAUUUUUGACAGCUGCCUCGGAGGAAGAAAUCUUCCAGCAUUUAGGCUUGGACUUUAUACCUCCAGAAGAGAGAAACGCUUGAUGCUUGUCCUGCAAGGAAGGAAUCUUCUUGGUCCUACUGAGGUCCCAUGAUCUCCAAAGAGGAAGCAGGUGUGCCUCAGUCAGGCUCUUUCCCACACCCACCCACCUUCCUGUGAAUGGU